AUAUGCAUUUAUGAAAUUAUCAAAGACGCAGCUCUGAAUGUAGAUUCACUUUGUUUUGAAUGUAGAAAGGACAAAAAAGUUGAACCAACGAAACGAGCAAAUCUCUGGGCGCGAUACGUUCCAUCCGGAAAUACUUAGUUACGGAUGUGAAGGCAUCGAUAAUGCUCGCGCGUGUGUAGUGAGUGUUGUCUACGUAAUUCGCAAUUCCCGAGAGGUAUACAUACAUAUAGUAACUGAGAUACUGCGUUCCCAAAAGCUGAUAUGAUGUUUUACAACGAUAAUAAAUCCGUUCUCGUUCCAACCUAUCAAAUGUCACUUUUGUACAAUGUUGUGUAGGAAUAAUGAAAUAUAUGUUCUCCGGAGUAUAAUUCGUACAUAUUUUUAAACUGCCUGUAAAAUCUUUAUUUUCAGCGAAAAAAAAUAUCGCAAUUACAAUUGUUCCUGUUUACAUUUUAAGUUAUCGCAGUAAAUUGUGCUCACUGCAUUAUCUUUCAGAAUCGAGUGAAUCGUUAAAUGUCAACAAAGAUGUCGACCGAGGUGGUGAAAUUUAGUAAAUUAAAAACAUUAAUGGACCCCAGGUUCUGGGCGAAAUUUGCAGAACUGAAAUUGGAGAAAUUGAAAUUAGAUGAGAAAUCCAAGAUACAUUUAUGGGGUAGUUUUUCCCUUCAACCAAUGACUGAGCGAAUAAGAACCAAACCAUUAAUGCUUGACUAUGAAUCAUUUAAUGAAAAUGCCGAGACAAUUGCUAGCAAUAUGGCAGUAGCUUGCUGUGGCUAUAUGAUUAAUACAAAUACUUAUGAAGCAUAUCGUCAGAUAAAACCUGAAGAAUUUAUUGAUACCAUGGGUAAAUGUAUUACAGACAGUAUCAUAGAUGGCACAGCUUUGCGAGAACCUUGGCGACUUUCAGUAUUCUUAAUGCUUGCAUAUUCUGACCUCAAGAAGUAUCAGUUUUAUUACUGGGUUGCACAUCCAACACCUUUCUCUUUGCCGGAGAUCUACUUGGUCGAGCCAUCAAAACCUGCACAUAGUCUAUUUAACACUGAUCAAAUAGAUAAAUUGCAUACAGAAUUCCUUCAGCUAGAUGCAAGAUCAAAGAAUUUCUUCUCAGUGUUUGUGUCUGAAAAUAAUGACUUAAGUAUUGCUGACUUAUCGAAAGGAGUAGAGCAUGCAAGAUCAAAUGCUGAUAACAGAGGAGAUUCAAAACAGGCAAAGGAUGAAGUGUAUUUUGCAUUCUAUGAUCCUUGCACGAGUACAGAGCCUGGAUGGCCUUUGCGAAAUCUGCUGUGCCUGUUGCUAUUCCAUUGCACUACAUUUUGCCUUACACGGAGUAUCAAGAUCCUGUCUAUGAGAUGUGAUAGAGCGCAAGUGGCUGCAGUUAUAUAUACUCUUAGGAUCAAAGAACACACGGACGUGGAAGCCAUGAAGAAAGCUAUUUCUGAGGGUCACCUAGUGGGUUGGGAAACUGGUGCACAUGGAAAAAUGGCUCCUACAAUCGCGAAAUUAUCUAACGUUAUGGAUCCGACCAAAUUAGCAGAAAGAGCGAUCGAUUUGAAUUUAAAGUUGAUGAAAUGGCGCCUUGCCCCUGAUCUAGACUUAAAAAAGAUCAGUGGUCUGCGAUGUCUUCUGUUGGGUGCCGGUACAUUAGGAUGUUCCGUGGCAAGGAUACUCCUGGGAUGGGGUAUUAGUAACAUGACGCUCGUAGAUAAUUCUAACGUUUCCUACAAUAAUACGGUUCGCCAGAGCCUGUAUACUCACGAAGACGCGGUGCAACGUCGGCACAAGGCCUAUGCUGCGAAAGAUGCUCUACUUAGAAUACGUCCUGACAUGAACGUGGAAGGUAUCGUUUUGCAUAUUCCUAUGCCCGGACACGCGGUCGGUCAAAGUAUGAUGGAGAAGACCGAGGAAGCUGUGAAUAAACUGCAAGAACUCGUACAGUCUCACGACGUGGUGUUCUUGCUUCUGGACUCGCGAGAAGCCAGGUGGCUGCCAACCCUUUUGUGUGCCACGAUGAAUAAGAUAGCUAUCAAUGCUGCUUUGGGAUUCGACUCAUAUACAGUGCAGCGGCACGGUACGCGCGAUGUUUCCGUCCCUCCUUCGUCUAACGUUUUAUUAGUACAAUAUCCCGAGGGACAGGAUCUUGGAUGUUAUUUUUGUAACGACGUUACGCAACCGGGAAAUUCGCAGUCGGACAGAACACUCGACCAACAAUGUACUGUCACUCGGCCGGGAUUAUCACAAAUCGCCGCGGGUUUGGCGGUCGAACUACUCAUGGCGAUAACGCAACAUCCUCAAGGGAUUUCAGCUAGAGCACUUACGAAUAACAAUACAGACGAUCAUACAGAGAACGUAGAUAAUCCGUUGGUAGGAAUAUUGGGUGGCGUACCUCACACGAUACGUGGCUCACUUUGGGGUCACGACAUGAAAUUGACAGUCACGUAUAGAUUUGCAUCCUGCACGGCUUGCUCCGUACCUUUAAUCAAAGAGUAUCAACAACGAGGAUUGGCUUUCGUGCUCGAUGCUUGCAACGUGCCAAAUUAUCUUGAAAAAUUGUCAGGACUCGAGGAGAUAUUAAAACGACCAGAUCUGGACGAGUUAUGUAAGGAAAUGGAUACUACGAGCGAGGACGAAGAAGCAUUUUUCGAGGCAAUGUAAACACCGCAACGUAUAAAAUUCGUACGUAAACGAAGAAAGUGAGCUUUACAUUUAGACUGUUUGCACUGUUUGUACAUAAAAAUAAUAUAUGAUGUUUAUAUAAAAUGUGAAGAAGAAUAAUACUAAGAGAGACGAUUUAAUCAAAGUACAUUUUGUAGAAUCAAAAACUUAGAUAAGGCACAGAUUUACUAACGGAAGAGAGAGAGAGAGAGAGAGAGAGAGAGAGAGAGAGAGAUGUAUAUUCUAAACAUGAAAAGUCUGUGCUUCUGUGCUCCUUUAACUACACUCUUUGAAUGUUGUUAAAAUGUUUGAGUGUUGUCAUUCUACUAGGAGUCGACACAUCUGUGAUGCGUAGUUUUCUUAUUAACAGUGAUUUAUUGUUUAUUUAAUGUCGUAACUUUUAUAUUCAAGCUUUUAUAGAAAUGUAGAUAAUAAUACAUCUUUUUUGUUUGCGAAAAUUUUUCUGUCAAAAUACGAGCGCCUCAUCUUACCUAUAAGCAGCUACAAUUUUUUGUUUCACUAUUGAGUACUUAGAUGCAAGGUCUAUUUCAAUUUAUGACAUACAUAUGAAGUCACUAUACAUGUAAUUUUAUGACUCCAAUGCGAUGUUAGAGAGUAUACUCAUAAUUCUGAAUAGAGAUGAUAUUACACGACUUGUCGACUUGUCGACAUCACAUUGUUCCAUAAAACAUUUUUCAGUUAACUGAUUUUUCAUGAACCUCUAUAUGUUGUGUCUGCGACACCGUUACGAUAAAGAUAUGUUUACGAAUUUUUUAGUUCGAAAGAAAAAGCGGCAGAAAUUUUGAAAAUAUAUAAAUACAUCGCACCAAUUUUCUUAAACAUUAUGUAUCACUUUCGAAAAUAAAUAAUUCGUAUAAAUGUC